AUGAAGUUCACCACCAUCUUCGCCGCCACGGCCUUUGUCGCCACGGCCUCUGCCGCUGCCAUCGAGGGAUCGCACGAGGAGAAGGCCUGGCCUACCAUGAAGCCAUGGGGUGGCAAGAACAACACCCGCACGACCGAGGACCACCACGGCAAGACGACAAAGACAACUGAGCACCACGACAUCAAGACGAAGACGAAGGAUCACCAUGAUGACGACAAGAAGCCUCACCACACCACUUAUGUCAUCCACUCGGACUUCACCACAUACUGCCCUGAGCCCACCACCAUUUGCGUCGGCACAAAAACAUACACCGUCACCAAGGCUGCUACCCUGACCAUCACCGACUGCCCAUGCACCAUCACCAAGGAGCUGCCGCAUACCAACGUCCCGGUUCCUCCUCCCCACACCUACACCAAGGCUCCUCCCGCCCCGGCUCCUCCUGUCUAUACCCACCACGCACCCGCCCCCGCACCCGCCCCCGCUCCGGCUCCGGCUCCCGCUCCUGCUCCGGCUCCCGCUCCCGCUCCUGCCCCCGCUCCUGCCCCCGCUCCUGCCCCGCUCCUGCCCCCGCUCCCGCUCCCGCUCCCGCCCCGGCUCCCGCCCCGGCUCCUGCUCCGGCUCCUGCUCCUGCCCCCGCUCCCGCUCCCGCGCCGGUCUACACCCAGGCUUCUACUCCUGCCGAGACCACCGAGCCUUCCGUCGUGGUUGGCGGUGCCGACAGGGCUGGUGCUGGUGUUGGAGCUCUCGUCGUCGCCGGUUUCGUCGCCAUGCUCCUGUAAGCAUCGACCGUCCAAUCUUGAGGUUGCACCCACCCCCCUGGCGCCGCUGCACCAGCACGCCUCCGCAGGCCUGCAUCCUCGGAUUUUCGACUUUGGACUCGACUCUCGGCGUUGA